GGGACGACCCUGCGGCCGCGGAGGUCAGGGGUCCACCGGGGUGGAGCCAAGAGCGGGGAGCGGAGGAUCGAGCCCAGCCUUCCCGGCCCUCGAGAUCCGAGCUUACUCCUGGGUGCUGCGGUUGGAGGGCUGCAAGAUGGAUGAAAGCUGGGAACCCGGAAGCCUGACGAAGGUGGUCCAUCUGCUGUUUUUGUCAGGGGCUUGGGGCAUGCAGAUGUGGGUGACGUUUGUCUCAGGCUUCCUGCUUUUCCGCAACCUCCCCCGACACACCUUCGGCCUCGUGCAGAGCAAACUCUUCCCUUACUAUUUCCACAUCUGCACGGCCUGUGCCUUCGUCAACCUCUGCAUCUUGGCCCCUCAGCACGCCUGGACUCGGCUCACAUUCUGGGAAGCCAGCCAGCUCUGCCUGCUGCUCCUGAGCCUCACGCUGGCCGCCAUCAACGCCCGCUGGCUGGGGCCCCGCACCACGGCCGCCAUGUGGGCCCUGCAGACCCUGGAGAAGGAGCGGGGCCUGGGUGGGGAGGUGCCGGGCAGCCACCAGGGCCCCGACCCCUACCGCCAACUACGGGACAGGGACCCCAAGUACAGUGCCCUCCGCCAGAUCUUCUUCCGCUACCACGGCCUGUCCUCCCUUUGCAAUCUGGGCUGUCUCCUGAGCAACGGGCUCUCCCUUGGCCGCCUCGCCCUGGGCCUGAGAAGCCUCUAACCCUCGCUGUCCCCUGUCCCUUCUGGGGACCCCGAUACCUUAAUAAAAACCUCCUUGGAAACUA